AUGGAAGCUGCACAACGUUAUCAAAAAGUAUUUAAUAAUUAUGAAGUACAUGAUCGUGUUAUAGUAGAAAACAAUUUUGAACGUGUUAAUUUUUGGUCAAUUAUACAUCUAGUUCUUAUGGUUACAGUAUCGAUUAUUCAAGUUGUAACUAUUCGAAGUUUAUUUGAAUCAAAAUCUGCAUAUGGUAAACUUUUACGUGGAAAAAAAUAA